AUGAAGCAUCAGACAGGGAACACGACGGAAGGCGCUAGUUUCUUCCAAACUGAGGAAUACAGUUCCGUCUUAGAUCCCCCGUAUUCGCAAGCGACCGAGGCUUCUGUGAUUUCUCCCGAUGCUUCCGUUGAAGACCCAGCGGGACCCACGGGCAACGUACAGGUUCGAAAACGUUCUUGGGGGCUGUCCACCAUCUGUUGGGAAGCGGCCAUAUUCUUCGCUUCCCUCGUCCUCGCGGCUGGCGUCAUCACCACUUUCGUCUGGGCGCUCGGUCCUUCGAGCGGCUUUCUGAACAUCCCCCAUAAUGUACAACCUUCAUCGCAGAUGCCCAAAACCUCACCGCGUGAACAGUCCGAACUCCUCUGGGGUCCCUGCGGUUCCGCAGCUUGCAUGGACCUGUCCAACUCUCUCCGACGUCUCAUAAACGCAUCGGUUGAUCCAUGCGACGACUUCUACUCCUACGUUUGCCACAACUGGAUGCUCACUCACACGCUCAGUAAAGGACGAGAGAGGAUAUCAGCCGAUGACGUUACGCAGGGCGUGUUCUCUGAUCUCUUGGCAGCUGCCGUUAAAGAUGACCAGACGAAGUACGUUGACCUGCACGCAUUUUUUCAGACGUGCCUGGAGCCCAAGAAAGGGCUAUUUGAGGAACUGUUCCAGACGGCGUUGUCCGUCCUCCAGCUGGGACCGCUGAAAGAGAUUAGCUCUCGGAGCUGGUCAGACCGGGACCUGUCGGUCAGGCUCGGUAGAGCCCACCGUUAUUUUGAUAUCGACACGCUGUUUCAUUUCUCACGAACUGAAGAGAUGGAGAACGUCUCUUACAUCGCCGUUUACGAACCGUCCUUGGUUCUCGUAAGAUCAUCAAUGAACAACGCAGAACGCGAGGCGGCGAAGGACUACUUCGAGCCUGUUCUCACCUAUUUUCGCAAGAUUUUUUACACGGACAUCGUAGCUCUCGAAGAACGACUAUGUUCCUUCUUUCAGCGCCGUCGCAAGGCCCAGUACUUAGAAGAAACUCCCGUCCUUGGCACUGUGGACCUCCCGGUCAUCAAGCGGCUCGACUGGCCCUCACUGCUCGGGGCCGCGUUCGGGAAGUUCCCGUUUACGGCGCGCAUACGUUUGGCUGCCCCGGAGUACGUGUUUAGACUCGCGGUUGAAGACGGUGUCCCGCCCGCGACAGACGUCGUUCACUAUCUCGUCUUCAAGGUUGCCAUGAUGUUACUUCCGUGGAACGACGAUAAGCGAGUGAGGGAAACUUUCGCACCGCUAGCUUACAAGACGUAUCCGCAGCUUGAGAGCACAGUCCGACAGUCGAAGACCUGCGUACGGAUACUGAACCAUUUUGAACCAAACCUGCCGCUACUUGUGGCAUACAACCUGGCACAAAGCGUCAUCGGGGGCCACGACUUCAUUCAACGACUCUUGGAUCACCUUCGCUCCGUCUUCCGAGACGGGCUCCUGAAGUCGCGCUCUUUUAGUAAUGUCGUACGCGGUCAUCUGCUUAAGAAGCUGGAUGCCUUGUCUUGGGAAAUUCUCGUACCGACCUUCCUGCUGAAUUCUACGGUUCGCGAAAACUUUACAGCUGCCAUGUACCCUAUUAGAGCAAGGAUACCUUCGGUAUCAACGUUCUUGAUGACAUUCUUUGAGAAGACUUCCCAACGCCGUCCGCUAAAGGGUUGGCGCAGCGGCUUUCUGUCGAGUUCUCCUCAAGCGCCUUACCCUCUGACGAGAAUCCAGGUUCCUCCAACGUCUUUUUCGUUAAGUCUAACCGGAGAUGCGGCUACUAAGAGCCUGCAUAUUCCACGCGUUGCUCCGCGCAUCUACGCUACCCUCUUCGAUCUCUUGCAUUCCUGGACUCGCAGUUACGACCGAGGAAAGCCGCGCAGGUUCGCCCGAGCCUACGACAACCUACGCGUCUGCCUUGCGCGUGACUACGCGAGGAUGUCGUGGAGUAAGAACAAUCUGCCCUACGUUUACCCCAUACGCGUGAACCAGCCCAGACCGUGGCAAGACCUGUGGGACGAUUUGGCGGUAGCGCCAGCGUUCGAAGCCUUCCAUACUUACCUGGACCGCAUGAAAGUGACACUGCGUCUGGCAUACGCCGAUGGAAAGUUUCUCGAUGCCCGACGUCUAUUCUUCGUCUACUAUGCCGCUAGCAUGUGCGAGAAUGCAAGCCCCCGAUACUACGAGUGGAUCGCUGGUGACCAAUCCAGAAGUCCAGCCUGGUACAGAGUCAACGGCCCUCUGCGUCACUCGUUCGAUUUUGCUGAAGCAUUCGCUUGCAAGCCCGGUGUUUUCAUGAAUCCCGUGCGAAAAUGCGAUUUGCCCGGUUGGGACUGA